AUGGCGGUUGGACGUGAAUCCUGGUAUCCUCUUGCCUCCUCUUCUCUCGAGCCUUCGGCCCGCGCCUGCGCCGCGCUGUUCUGCGCUGUUGUCUUCUUCGCAGCGCGUGCGCAGCCCGUCUUCGGCGACGGUUAUGGCUAUCCGCAUCUGAAGGAGCAGUGGGAAUUCCAGAUGCAGCUCGUGUCCACCGGUGCGACCAACGUCGUGCUGCUCCUUGGCGUCUUUCGCAGCUGGCAAGUAGGAUGCCCCAUUGACGCGCUCGUCGGAUUCUGCUCCAUGAUGACCUCCGUCGUCUACCACACUCUGCAAACUCUGGAGGGCAACAAUCCAGGCGUGUACGGCAAAGCGUUUUUCCUUGGAGGCACAGAAAGCGACUGGCACCGAGCGGACAACAUCUUCGCUAUUGCAUGCUUCACGUCCUUCUUCUCGAUGCCGCUCCAGCUCGUCAGCCCCGUCUGGGUGACCAUGAGCAGGAUGGUUCCGCUCUCUGUGGCCAUCACGACGCAGUGUCUUCGUCCGUGGAACUUCGCGUACACGCUCUUCCCGAUUGUCUUUUUCUCUGUUGGCUUCUUGGUCCUGAUUGGCGCGAGCGGCAUGAAGCCGCAUCUUCAGCGAAGGGAGUGUCUGUACAGCGGAAUCACGUUUCUGCUGGCUGUCAUUUUUUUCUUCCUCGGCAUGGACGACGAGAACGACUAUCUGAGGAUCAAACACGGCUUUUGGCACAUCUUCAUCGGCCUGUUCGUCUACUACUGGACGGGGGCCUGCAACCCGCCGCACGUGGUUCAAGCCCGCAAGCGACUUCUCUAUGCCACGGCGCACGACGCUACGAUUUUGCUGGGCGAGGAGAAACUGCGGCACGGGAAAACGAAGACGGGGGAGCCGCAGAUCGCGCCAAACCCCGCCACCGAGGCCGCCGUACAGAUGGCGAAGAUCGCGUAA